CGGAUCAUACGACGAUUAUCAUAAAGUGUGUGUGUCUGUGUCUGUGUGUGUGUGUCUUCUCUAUAUAAAUGAAAGCGAUACAGAGAAAGUGAACCAGACCUCCUCUCUCCUCCUUCAUGAUCAGAGUCAAACUGAGCAGAAGACAUCAGUGGACGUCACACUGGACCCUUCACUCCCACAGUAAUGUGUCCAUCUGCAGAAGACAUAUGAAAUUCCAACCAGAAACAACUCUACAGUCACAUGAGGAUGGGAGAUCUUCUCUGACCUUGAGGAGUUUGUCUUCUCAUUAGAAUCAACUCUGCUGGUACCAACUGUCUGGAACUGUAAUAGUGUUGUUAAAGUUUGUAACUAUACCACAAUGAAAACAUUUCGGUCAUUUUGGAGUUCAGUAACACCAGUGUUAUCAAGAUCAAAUGUUCCUGUAAAAACAGAGCCAACUGAGACUUCUUUUGAUUCACAACCAAAUGAUAGUGAGUCAAAGAAGCUGGAAGUCAGUAAAAGACUUGCAGAUGUUGUUAAAGUAAAAAGCACUCUGUUGAAAUCUGAGAAAGGGUCUCUCUCCAUUUAUAACAUUCCCCUGAAAGAACAACAAACCAGUGUAUGUGGUUGCAGAUGGUUCAGUUUUGGGGAAGAUGUCACAAAACAAAGUCGUACCAUAAUGGUUGUUGGAGCAACUGGUGCUGGGAAGUCAACUCUAAUCAAUGGGAUGAUCAAUUACAUUCUAGAUGUUAAAUGGGAGGACUCAUUUAGGUUUAAGUUAGUUGUUGAGGAUCAGUCACAAUCUCAGGUUCACAGUCAGACCUCUGAAGUCACUGUGUACAAAAUCAACCACCAGGAGGGGUUUAACAUCCCCUACUCUCUGACCAUUGUGGACACUCCAGGUUUUGGAGACACCAGAGGAAUAGAAAGAGACAGAGAGAUCACACAGCAGCUACGUAAUCUAUUCUCUUCUGGACAUGGUGUCACUGAAAUUGAUGCAGUGUGUGUUGUAACUCAGGCUGCUUUAGCACGACUCACACCAACACAGAAAUAUAUCUUUGACUCAGUGCUCUCAAUCUUUGGCAAAGAUGUGGCAGAAAACAUCAGAGUUCUGGUCACAUUUGCAGACGGUCAAAAGCCUCCAAUUCUAGAGGCGAUCAGUGCUGCAGGUGUCCCAUGUCCUAAAACUAAGAACGGGCUGCCACUUCACUUCAAAUUCAAUAAUUCAGCCUUGUUUGCAGACAACAAAUCUGCAGCUCAUAGCGUGAGUGGAGGUGAUGAUGAUGAUGAUGAUGAUGAUGAUGGAGGAUUUGAUCAGAUGUUUUGGGACAUGGGGACAAAAAGCAUGAAGAAGUUUUUUGAUGCUUUGAAUCAAGUAGAAACUAAAAGUUUGACACUGACAAAGGAGGUCCUCAGAGAGAGACAACAGCUUGAGAUUUCAGUCGAAAAUCUGCAGGUGAAGGUUAAAGUUGGUUUAGCCAAGAUGGAGGAAAUAAAAGAGACAAAAGAAAAACUGAAAGAGUUUGAGGCAGAGAUCAAUAGAAAUGAGAAGUUUGAGUUUGAAAUGACUGUCACAAAGCCUUUUCAAUACGACAUUUCUGGCUCUGGAAACUUCAUCACCAACUGUCAGACAUGUCAUGUCACCUGUCACUACCCUUGUGGUAUACCAAAUGAUAGUGAUAAAGCAGGCUGUGCUGCAAUGGGACAAGAUGGAUACUGUACUCAGUGUCCAGGCAAAUGUUACUGGAAUGUACAUUUUAAUCAGAAGUACAGAUGGGAUUAUAAAGUAGUUACAGAAAAACAAACUGUGAAAGAGCUGAAGGAAAAAUAUCUUAAAGCCACAGACGCUAAGAAACCUGUUCAGACAUUGAUUGAUAAACUGAAGACUGUAUAUGAUCGUAUCCAGGAUGAGGUGGUGAAUCUGAUAAAGGAAUCUGCCAGAUGUCUGGACAGACUGAAAGAGAUAGCACUGAAACCAAACCCUCUGUCCACUCCAGAGUACAUUGACAUGUUGAUUGAAGGAGAGAAAGCUGAGGCCAAACCAGGCUGGAAGAAACGAGUUGAGUCUCUGAUGAAGAUGAAACAAAAAGCAGAGUUCAUGGCUAAAGUAGAGAAAGGAGAGAAUCUUCUCAGUUCUCAGUUUUAAUUUAGGUCAACAGGACAAACAUGACACUGAGACUAAAACCAACAAAGACCAAGACAAGGACGAUAACUGCAGUGACAUUAAAGACCAAGACAAGAGAUUGAUAGAAACCAAGAGGAAAAGAUCAACAGAGACCAAGAAAAGGAACAGACUGAUUCAGAGACUGAGCUCAGUUCUGAUUUAGUUCAAGAUGUGACUGGAGUUUUAUUCAAGUAGUCGAUUACAUGAUGUCCUGUGGCU